GAAAAUGGAGCAUCUGCUGCUAGUUGCUUUGUCAAUUUUCUGGACAAGCCAAGUAAAUGGUGGUUCCAUGCAUACUCAAAUUGUGGAUGGCAGAGAGGCAUCUCCAAACUCUCAUCCCUACAUAGCUUCAUUGCAGUUGAGAGGCCGGCAUUUCUGUGGGGGGUCCCUGAUUGCCCCACAGUUUCUUAUGACUGCAGCUCAUUGUAUGGAGAAUACUCCACCCAAUGCGGUGACAGUGGUCCUGGGGGCUCACUCCCUAAGUGCAAAUGAGGCAACCAAGCAAAGGUUUAGGAUCAACCAGGUCUUUGAAAAUGGCUUCAAUCCAAUGAAUUUAGAGAAUGACAUUGUCAUACUAAAACUUGAUCGACCUGUGUCUGUAAAUGGCAAAGUACAGGUAGUGUCUCUGCCCAGUGCCAACGAAGAUGUUCCUGCAGGAACUCAGUGUGUGACUGCUGGUUGGGGCCGACUUGCCACAGAUGGACAGAGACCUGACCGUCUUCAGGAACUUAAUGUCACCGUAACCAGCAGAGACCUGUGCCGCCCCAAUAACAUCUGUACAGGGGUCUUCAUGCGACAGGCUGGCAUCUGCUUUGGUGACUCUGGUGGCCCUCUUGUGUGUGAUGGCGUGAUCCAAGGAAUCACCUCCUUUAUUAUCCGCAGUUGUGGGAAUGGUGUGACUCCCGAUUUCUUCUCAAGGGUUGCUCUUUUCAGGAGCUUCAUUGACAGAGCAAUUAACAGCUGACUUAUGCACAGCCUUCUUCUCCGCCCCCACUUUUCCUUAUUUACUAAUCAGUUCCUUACUUAAAGGGAUACUGUCAUGGGAAAAAAAAUUUUUUUCAAAAUUAAUCUGUUGAUUCUGCCCUGAAAUCCAUUUCUCAAAAGAACAAACAGAUUUUUUUAUAUUAAAUUUUGAAAUCUGACAUGGGGCUAGACAUAUUGUCAAUUUCCCAGCUGCCCAAGUCAUGUGACUUGUGCUCUGAUAAACUUCAAUCACUCUUUACUGCUGUACUGCAAGUUGGAGUGAUAUCACCCCCCUCUCUUUUCCCCCCAAGCAGCCAAACAAAAGAACAAUGGGAAGGUAACCAGAUAGCAGCUCCCUAAAACAAGAUAACAGCUGCCUGGUAGAUCUAAGAACAGCACUCAAUAGUAAAAACCCAUGUCCCACUGAGACACAUUCAGUUACAUUGAGAAGGAAAAACAGCAGCCUGCCACAAAGCAUUUCUCUCCUAAAGUGCAGGCACAAGUCACAUGACCAGGGGCAGCUGGGAAAUUGACAAAAUGUCUAGCCCCAUGUCAGAUUUCAAAAUUGAAUAUAAAAAAAUCUGCUUGCUCUUUUGAGAAAUAGAUUUCAGUGCAGAAUUCUGCUGGAGUAGCACUAUUAACUGAUGCGUUUUGAAAAAAACAUGUUUUCCGAUGACAGGAUCCCUUUAACUGCAGAAAUGAGCAAUUGCUUUGGAUUCAGCUAAUGGAAAAUGCUUGGGAGUUGUAAUUCUGCAAGAUUAGGAGCUUCAUUAUCAUUGUGCUUUCAUACCUUCUGUCUUCUUGCAUUCAGUAACCUACCUUUUGCUCCAUGUAUUAGGCAGUAACCCAGUUGUGAUAUCUUUGAAGAACCUGUUAUUUAUGUGUUCUCCAUAAAAUUAAUAUAAAUGCUACAGUGUAAACUAUAACCAAGAUUUCAAAGUGCAGCCACAGGCAACUGACAAACCAUAACAUACCAGGCUAGCCAUAUUUCCAGGCUAGCUUUCGGCAGCCAUAGUGCCCACCAUAAAUGGCAUACCAAAAGGGCAUGAUAAUUGAAAUAGCUACAACUUACGAAGUAAGGGCAAUCAUUGACAAUGCAUAGUGGUCACAGCAAAAAUAAAAAAUAUAUAAAAAGUCUGUGCAGUUUAUUUAAAAUUUGAGAAAUGAACAAGCAGAAUAAUUCCAGGGAUGCUUUCCAAACAGAAAUCAGAUGCCAAUAAAUCUUUUGUUACUGUCAAACAUG